CGCGGCCGUUGCCAGCGCCUACAGGUUCAAGUGAGAUGUGAGCCAAAAAGAACAAAAGAACUUUCCGCCGGAAACUCAAAGGAGCAACAGUUCCAAAAACCAUAAACUAAACGCCCAAGUCACCGCUAAAUCAAUAUUCUGUGUAUUAUUCGGGUGCGAUGUUUUCGACGAGAUUGAUUUAUCGGACCUCUGCUAUUUCGAGUGCGGUAUCAAGAACGUAAACCAUAGUUUCCAGAUAAUCACACCCACUCGAUCCCUGGUGCUUUGCGCCGAGUCCCGCCGCGAAAUGGAGGACUGGCUAGGCAGCUUGAAGACGGCCACGGCCCCGCAGCGGCCGCGGGGAGACAGCUUCCUGAUCGAGCAGCAUGAUAUUCUGUCAAACCACCACCACUGGUAUGCCACCUCGCACGCCCGCCCCACCUACUGCAACGUGUGCCGCGACGCCCUCUCCGGCGUCACCUCGCACGGACUCAGCUGCGAGGUGUGCAAGUGCAAGGUGCACAAGCGUUGCGCGGCCAAAUCCAUUGCCAACUGCAAGUGGACCACGUUGGCCAGCGUGGGCAAGGACAUCAUCGAGCAGGCGGAUGGCAUCAUCAUGCCGCAUCAGUGGAUGGAGGGUAACCUGCCAGUGUCCUCGGUGUGCGCCGUUUGCAAAAAGACCUGCGGAUCGGUGCUGCGGCUUCAGGACUGGCGGUGCCUGUGGUGUCGAGCCACCGUCCACGUGGCCUGCCGUCCGCAGAUGGCGGUGGCCUGCCCCAUUGGACCCGCCAAGCUAUCCGUGGUCCCGCCCACAAGCGUCCAUUCCAUCAGCACGGAUGACGCCUGGGAUGUGGCCAGUCCCAAGGGAAACUUUUCGCCCCUGCUGGUCUUCGUGAACUCCAAGUCGGGCGAUAACCAGGGCGUCAAGUUCUUGAGGCGCUUUAAGCAGCUGCUGAAUCCGGCCCAGGUAUUCGAUCUCAUCUCCACGGGCCCAAGCCUGGGACUGCGACUCUUUCGGCACUUUGAAAUGUUCCGUAUACUGGUCUGUUCCGGCGAUGGAUCUGUUGGCUGGGUGCUCAGCGAAAUCGAUCGAUUUAACAUGCAUAAACAAUGCCAGGUGGCCGUGAUGCCCCUGGGAACGGGCAAUGACCUGGCCAGGGUCUUGGGCUGGGGAUCCAGCUGUGACGACGACACCCACCUUCCACAGAUCCUGGAGCGGUAUGAGUCGGCUAGCACCAAGAUGCUGGACCGCUGGAGCAUUAUGGUCUUUGAAAAGGCCAUCGCAGUGCCCAAGACUCCCAAGAUGUCUAUCACCACCGAGCAGGAGGCCCUGCUCACCGGCAUGGUGACAUCGGCCAAUCAUCACCUGCGCUUUAUUGUGGAGACCAACGACACCCAGACCCUGAUAAGCUCCACGCGGAAUCUCUGCGACACCGUGGAUGACCUGGUGGCCCGCAUUUCGGAGCACCACAAAGAAGACGAGCAGCUGGCAGUCAAGUGCGAUAUCCUGAAGCAAAAGUUGAACAUGCUGUUGGAUGCUCUGCAGGAGGAGGAGAUGGGCGCCCACAGCGGCGACGACUUGAUAGCCACUAUCAGGAGUCUUAUUGCCAGGAGCAUUCCGUUGACACCAGGAACUAGUGCCUCCCUGCUCAAUCCAAACAUAUCAAUCGAGAAAAACGAAAAGGACCAGAUCAACUCGAAGGAGCGCCGCAACAGCCGAUCACUUCGCUCCAGCGAGAAGGAGGCUCUCCAGUGCCGUGCCAACAGCGUUAAGCGAGCCAUCUACAACGUGGUGGAGCACUCAGAGCCUGGAAGACCAAAGCGCUACCAACGCAAGCUCUCUAUUACGCCCUUCGAGGCAUUGAAGCUGCCCACCACCAACUCCGGCGAGUCGACUCCUUGCAGUUCCCCCUUGCCUAUAAUCCCCCCGAUCAACAUCAUCUCCCCGACGAUGGAGACUUCACGGCUCACCUGCAUUUCCCCGCUGCCGGAUACGCGACGCGACUCCGUGGACGAGAGCUUCUUCAACAGCAUCAGUCUGCCGGCUCCGCGGCAAUUUGCGGACAGUCGCAGAAGCUCCGGUGUGGAGGUGAUCCAAGAGAUCGAGGAAGGUGCAAACGGGGAGACAGUGUACCGCAGGAGUCGCAUGUCCCUGAGCGGCGGAGCCAACAUCGAUGAUGCUGGCAAUCGAUUGUCACCCAGCAGCGAUGGCGGUGAAAACACGCCCACCGAUCGCAAGGUGGACUUCCUGCGGGUACCGAUCCUCACGGGUGAACCCAUCGUGGAUCCUCUGUCCGACUACCGACCCAUCGAGGUGUUUGAGCGCACCUACUACAUGACGCGGGAGAUGGACAAGGACAAGGAUAAGGACAAAGACAAGGACCUGGACAAGGAGAAGGAUGUGGAGAAGGAGGACAGUAUGCCCACCGAGAAGCAGGCCCUGGUACAUACUUGUAACCUGCAGGUACCCGGCAUUGUCGUAACCCCCAACUCCCAAAAUGUAUACACAAGCGCCAGUCUAACAAUCAUUGAUACCGAUGCACAGACCACCACUGAGCAAUCUUCCUCUGAUGAUCUGGGGGGCGAGGCCAGCGAUGUCCUUUCGGCCAUCAGCAACGAGGAGUGCAGCGUGGCCUCCGAGAUAUUUGAUAAACAGGAUGCCGGCCAGACUUUGGGAGAUAUUAUCCAGAACCUGGACGCCAGCAACUUUACGCACAUCGAUUCACCCGAGACCAGUGACGAGACGGAGGCAAUGCCUGGCGAGAGCAUCAUGGACGAUAUUAGCUCUGUCCUGGGCCACGACAUAACCUACGCCCUGCAGGACAGCACCCUGACCGACGAUACCACCACGCUCUGCUCGGAGCACAUGGGUCCCGCCAAGCCGCCGCGCAAGAAGUCCCUCAACGCCCUGGGCCACUCGCACUCUGGUGUGCAUCCACGCAGGCGCAACUCCUCGCCGCCGAGGAUGCCACGCUUGGCGCGCAUGGAGAGCGACGACAAUCCGCAACAGUUCGGGUUCGAGAACAUUGUUUUCGAGAUCGACAACCGGUGCGACGACCAGAAGAUGCGGGAGCCACCGCGUUACUGCAGCCUGGCGCAGUUCGUGGAAGGUAACGAUAUAGCGCGUCAGAGCUUUAAGCAGCUAAUGCUAGAUCAACAUCGAAGCAGCGACAACGAUAACGGAAACGGAAACGGGAUACGUAACGAUUCCAAUAACGAUAACGAUGACCCCGAUGCCCUGCAAACGCCGACGAAUAACCCGGCCAAUUUACUGGCCACCACCAGCGAGGACGAGCUGUCCACGCAGACGGCCAUUAAAAUAGAAAUUCAAGACGUUGAUGCCACUGUGCGCAACGCGACUAUCCACGGCAAUAGCAACUCUAUUUUGACCACUUCGACAUCGCCCACCAAGAAAUCGGGCCAUGGACAAGAUGUAAAGCGCAUUACUUUUGAUGAGUCGUGUAAGAAAGAAUCCUUUGAUGAUGUAAAUCCCAACUAUCCACAGAUAAGUGUUGUUGUGAGGCCGCCGACGCCGUUGCGCGGCGACUCCGUCAAGCCCUCGGGUUCAGGUGCAGGUGCAUUGCUGCCUGGCGGAGCCAUGUCCGGCGGCGCCAUGUCCAUGUCAGUGUCCAUGGCCUGCUCCGGUUUGCUGGGUGUGCGGGCCAUGAACGCCUCCGAGAUCAGGCGCCACUCGAGCCACGCCCCCGGGUUAGCUGUCCGCGAGUUCGACAAGGACAAGGAUCGCCGGCACUCGGGCUUCAAUCCCAACCAGCUGACGCUGGACCCGGAGCAUGCGCGAUUCCUCAGCAGCUCGCCGGCAGCCAGUCGCCGGAUCAGCUGCGGCAGCCUCUUCAAGCCGAACGAAGCGCUCCCGAACCUCCAGACCCUCAAGGGCUCCAAGUCGAGCCUGUUCAUGGGUUCGACCUUAUUUGGCUUUGAUCAUUUUGCCGCCGGAGACAAGGACAAGGAGGAGAAGGCCGGCAAGGACAAGGAGAAGACGCCCACCGAGGAGACCAAUCGCAAGCUGCCCAUCAUCAAUCCCUUGGUGCGGCUCCCCAAUUGGCCAAACCUUGCCAAUGGCGGUGGUUUCAUUUCCAAAUGCCUGCUGGCCAAUGCAGAUACCCUCUGCGCCGCUGUUAGUCCCCUGAUGGAUCCGGACGAGACCCUCCUGGCCGGUUACCACGAGAAGUGUGUGAUGAACAACUACUUUGGCAUCGGCAUCGAUGCCAAGAUCUCGCUGGAUUUCCAUAACAAGCGGGAGGAGCACCCGGAGAAGUGCCGUUCCCGGGCACGGAACUAUAUGUGGUACGGAGUCCUGGGAUCCAAGCAACUCCUGCAAAAGACCUGCAAGAAUUUAGAGCAGCGCGUGCAGCUGGAGUGCGAUGGCCAGCGGAUUCCACUCCCGGAACUCCAGGGCAUUGUUAUCCUGAACAUACCUAGCUUCAUGGGCGGCACAAACUUCUGGGGAAGCAGCAAGAAGGACGACAUCUUCCUGCCGCCGAGCUUCGACGAUCGUGUCCUCGAAGUGGUGGCCGUCUUUGGAUCCGUGCAGAUGGCCGCCUCUCGGCUGAUCAAUUUGCAGCAUCACCGAAUUGCCCAGUGCCAGAGUGUGCAGAUCAACAUUCUGGGCGACGAGGAGAUCCCCAUCCAGGUGGACGGCGAGGCCUGGCUUCAGCCGCCGGGAAUGAUCCGAAUCCUGCACAAGAACCGUGUGCAGAUGCUGUGCCGCAACCGGAGCUUGGAGCUCUCACUGAAGAGCUGGCAGGAGAAGCAGCGCCAGCACAGCAUCUCCAUCCAAAGGGAUGCCUCCUCCACGGCCUCGGAACACGCCGCGUCCACGGACGAGGUGAUCUCAGAACGGGAAUGCUACGUACUCCUCAACUUCAUCGAGGCAGUUAGUUCGUUGGUCAAGUGGGUCAAAUUCCUGAUCAUCUCGCAUCCUGCCCUGCAGCAUGAUCUUUACGAAGUGGCCUGCCGUGCCAGUGAGGCUUUGGAGUCCAUUCAUCCGCAGGGCAAGCUCCUGGAAGGCCCCUCCUUACGCACCAAGCUGGUGGAGGUAAUCGACUCCUCGCGCCAGCUGUACGAUGAUGCUUGCACCCUGCUCCGGGAUCGGGGCCACAGCCUGAUCCUGCGGGAGGAUCUGGAGACCAAGCUGAGCGCAGCCCUGGCCAACAUGGAGAUGGAGCUGAAGAAGUGUUCCGUGCAGAAGUGCAUUGACGGCAAGCUACGCGCCUACUUUAAUGUCUUGGCGCCCAACGAGGAGCCCGAUGGUCGCCGGAAGUCUCGACCCUUCUGGGUGCGCCUUCGCUCCGGCUCCACAGCUGGACAGCAGGCGUUCAAGCCCCCUCUGACCAAUACCCGCGAGGCGGCCAACAACUGGAGUGUCAACGAGGUGGUUACCUGGCUGGAGACGAUGCAGCUGUCCGAGUACGUGGAUAGCUUCCUUAAGAACGACAUCCGCGGCAAGGAGCUGCUCACGCUGGGGCGCCGCGACCUCAAGGACCUGGGCGUGGUCAAGGUGGGCCACGUCAAGCGGAUACUGCAGGCCAUCAAGGACCUCAGCGAGAACUAGAGGGAGCCAGCGUCCCCCGCGGACAACCGGCUAGUACAAACCAAUCAGUCUUCGAAUCGCACUCUUAGAGUUGAGGGGGAAUAAUAUGCGUUGUAUAGUUGUAAGCCAGCUGCGGGAAAGUACGUUUUUUAUGGGACGACAAAUGCAUAUAACAAUCACUAAUUUAUAGGCUAGCUUAGCUAACGAAAAACACACGUGUCACGGCAGGGGGAAAGAGUGAUCACAACUAAGCUGACAUAGAUCAGUUUCGGUUGGAUAAAUUCGAAAAAAUUCUACGAUAACAAUAUUGAUAUAGCAAGUACCAUUAAGCCUAACUGAUCCGACAAAGUCAAGAGAUUUACAUAUUGGAAUGGCGGAGAAUCGUAGGUCCAAGUUUGAGGCAGAAAGGUAAGACACCUGAAAUUGAUUUUCACAUUUCUGCGUACUUACUAUGUGUUAAAUUCAGACAAACACUACACAUCGGCGGUUAAACGAAUUUAAACGUAGUAGCACUUGCGAUAACUAAACCAAAAAAACAAAAACAGAAUUAGAUCCUAAGUGUUUAACUCUCAACUUACGCUUAUAUUAAAGAAACCUUACGAACCCCAGUCCCGAGCGAAUCUAAAGAACCCAAUUAAAAUCCCAAAUAACCGACUUACCCUAUGAUUCUAAAUUUAUAAGCAAUUUAAAUUUUACAAAAUUAAAGAAGCGAGGAAACGGCUAAACCAAAAUCAUUCUCAAAACAAAAUUGUAUUAAUUGUAUUUACACACAUACCUAUAGAUAUUCGAAACAAAAUUUAAAUGUUUCCCCACUAUAUUGUUGAAUCGGAAUGAUUAUUAGCAUUAUGCAUAUGCAUGGGCGGGAUUCGAAAUGGAAACUCGUAAUUGCAACAAAGAAAAGUCUGUUAAACGUGUCAUUUUUUGUGGUAACCAAAAGCAACUCUAACUUGUUUAUUUAAAUGAAUUUAGUUGAUAAGUCCACGAUGUUUUUUCAAGCAUAAGUUUAGGUAAGAUCCUCUCGAUGGUCCCGGUGCCGGCUGCUGGGACCCGGGAAAUUCAUUUGGUACUAUAUACAAGCAUAUGGAAAAUCUUAGCUAGCAUUCGGAACACUGAGAUCGGUGUUCGGAACCCUUUUGGUAUACCUUUUAAUUGUUUACAUUUAAGCUAAGCCAAGUGAGAAGCAACCACUUUUAUCAAAACAUUACAAGUGUUAGGAACGAAAUUGUGCUAAAUUUUUAUAGAUAUCGACCUUCAGUUAUGUUACUCCCUCUCUAUCUCUAUCUCUGUAAAGGAACAUAUAAAUAUAGCUGCAUAUGAGUAGGUUUAGAGCCUCCGCCGAUCUAUCUGACCCCUAUAUGUUAGCCCAUUCUCAAAUGUUUGCUCAAGUUGCCUCCAAUUGAGUGAGUUUUUGAAGUGGCAUAGCUCUAGGCGAGCGUAGUCUAUAACAAAUCACUUGAGCGACGUCUAUAAAUUAUAUUUUUUGAUAUAUAAGUAUAAAUGAGCCCAGACCAACUCGAUUGAUUUGUUGUGAUCCUACCGGAAACUUCUUUUCAGACCGCACCAGUAGCAAUCCGAUGAUUUCUAAAUAUUUUGACACACAUUUACGAAGCUAUUUACGCUUACGAACAACAUAAAUGAUAAUUAGAAUUAGAGCCAAAUAAUACAAUGCAAAUCCUUUGAUAUAAUACGAAAGACAACAUUAAAUAAUAGAAAACACAUUGAAACAUUUUUUCGACACAUGUAUUUUCGAGCAAACUUUAAGCGAAUUAAAACCAAAAUUAAACUAAAUAAAAUACAAAUUAAAGGAAAAUGUAUAAGUUAUGUGUGUAAAGAAAAACUCUAAUUGGCAAUUGACAUUUGUGAGUUUCUUCGUUUUUCCCCCGACACCUCUUAUCAUACCCCUUCGUUUUGUGUUCUUCUUUUUAAAAAUACUGUGAUAACAGCUUUCUAUAUUCCUGUAAUAAAAAUCUAAACAUAAAUUUAACAAAAUAACUCAUAACAUAACUCAUGAAGUGCAAUGAAAAAUUAACUAUGAAGUCUUAUAAAUAGUUCGUCUACAAUCAGCAAAUAGGUAAUGCCUACGAAAACGAUUUACCAGCAAUAAAUGUUUAACAAUAUAUUUAUACAAAUAUUUUCAAAAUACUUACUUCCCAGCCCCCAGAAAUGACAAAUGUAAAAAGAUCUCUCCACAUAAAACCAAUCGAUAAUACAGUUAAGUGAAAAGUAAACCAUAAAGCAACAAUAUCUCCCCUCAAGCAUAAUAAUAGAUCGACUAUAAUAGAAAACAUUUUCUUGAAGAAAACCUAAUAACAGCAAUAAUAAAAAG